AGGCCUGGGGCAGCCCAGUCCCACUGCGGGGAAAGAGGCUGUGUCCACCAUGGCCUGGACUCCUCUCCUCCUCCUGCUCCUCUCUCACUGCACAGGUUCCCUCUCGCAGCCUGUGCUGACUCAGCCAACCUCCCUCUCAGCAUCUCCUGGAGCAUCAGCCAGACUCACCUGCACCUUGCGCAGUGGCAUCAGUGUUGGUAGUUACAGGAUAUUCUGGUACCAGCAGAAGCCAGGGAGUCCUCCCCGGUAUCUUCUGAACUACCACACAGACUCAGAUAAGCACCAGGGAUCUGGAGUCCCCAGCCGCUUCUCUGGAUCCAAAGAUGCUUCGGCCAAUGCAGGGAUUUUACUCAUCUCUGGGCUCCAGUCUGAGGAUGAGGCUGACUAUUACUGUAUGAUUUGGCACAACAAUGCUUCUCACAGUGACACACACACAUGGGGAAGUGGGACAAAAACCUCACCCUGAUCUGGGUCUUGUUCC